AGGUCGCGGGCGCGAAAUGGAUUCGUCGUUAAGUCGAUGGAAUCGUCCCAGGCAGGACUAAGAGUCUAAGAGUUGUCUGAAAGGAAUCUAAAAGGCGUUCUAUUUUUUUUUUUCUUUUUUUUAAGAUAUCUCUCGGACGUCUUUAAGAGAUCUUUCAAAAAUAUGUUCUACCGCCGGAAUGAGAUCGUCAAUGGGACGAACGUCGCGCGGGACGAGCGGAAGUUCGUCACAGCGAUGUUCGCGCGAAAAACUGUAUUCUGCAUGUCGCGAAAUAUUUCGCGUUUAAACGCGCAUUCCGUGCCGUACCGCUUCGUCGACUGGAAAGGGGGAAAGCACGGAAUUGACCUGGCGCGAGCUCUCCGCCGAUGAAAUUUUUUUCCUCGCCUCCACCGAGGCGCUUUUCGCGUCUUUCCAUCGCGCGUUUUCAGCCCGNGGGGGGGGGGGGGGGGGGGGGCGUGACGCGGAAUGUUUUAAAGAUAGCUUACCUUUUUAUGACCUAGUAAUUUUUCUCUCUCUUUCUUUCUUUUUCUGUCUUUCUUCCUCCUUCGUGGGGAAUCGCGAAGAACGCGCGCGGCUAGUCGUGGGGACCGGAUCUACGCUCCUGGUUUCUCACACAGUUAGGUGAAUGUCGGAGUAGAAAGAACCCGCUCAUAAUUAAGGAACAAAGGGGGGGCCCGGUUUCCUUCGUCUGGUACCUUCGGUUGAACAAUGUGUUUUACAACACGCGCCCCCGACGAAGCUCGGAAACUUGCACAAGCCGCCUCUUAAGCCGCGCAAAUAACAACACCGGACGUCGUUAAGUCGACGUAAACGUGCGCCCGCCCGCCCGCGCGCUGCGUAAUCUAUCAUCUCUAAUUUUACGUUCCGCUAAGCGUCGCCGCGUUAUCACGGGGAGGAGGACUGGUUAUCCCCCGGGUCAUCUGUAAUUCGUUCCGUCCUCUUUCAAAUCGAUCCUCCGAAUUGGAGGAUCCCACGAUAUAGUCGUCGCGUUAUUCCCAGACAGCGCGUGAUAUUCAGAAAGCAAGAAAUAUUGUUAACUCCAGAAUAUUAAAUUCUAGAAUAUUAAGUUUUGAAACGUAUAAUCGGAUUCUAUGAAUAUAUGUAGAAUAUUGUAGGCAGAGAAAGAGAGAGAGAGAAAUAGAGAUAGAUUGAUAUAUUUCGAAUAUAAAAGGACGCUUUUUCACACAGAACAUUCGCAAAGCUCGCUUACCGUGCAUUGCGAAACGAAUCUUCGAUCGAACUGAAAAUAAAGUAGACAAUGUCCUGUACAUGCAUACGCGCUACGACAUACGUACUUAAUGGGCGUCUGAGAAACGGAGCGCAUGCACGCGUGAAACUGCUUUCGUAUGCGUCUUUUAGUCCAAGGACUUCCCCACACUGCCACGAUUUUCGCUAAGUACGGCACUGUUGACACACAACAAUGGCUUCUGCUGUUAUAUAUAGGAAUCGGAGGAUUUCGUCUUAAGUAGACGAGAAAGAAAGAGACACGUAGAGAAGGAUGCGUCGAGGAAAUCCGAUGUAAUUACGCGAGAUAUAGUCCGACGAUAACGGCGUGUUUGGAGGUGUGCGUGUUCCUGCUUGCGAUUGCGCAACGAACGAGCGUGGAAACAAUGAGAGCUUCGUCGUGAACCGAACGGAACCGUCGAUCGUGACGCGACGACCUUCGUGCGAUCGGCUGAUCUCGUCCCCGGGACCGAAAAUGACAAUAAGUCGGCCGGUGGUGAUGAAACGUUCCGGACGCGGCGUUCAUCCGCCGUCUCGAGGAUGACGAAGACGUGGACGGUAAGCGGCAUCCCGGGGCUCCUCGUCCUCGUACCCGUUACCGUCUGCGCGACGAUCACCUACGUCAACCAGGACUCGUCGCGAUGCAACGAUCGCAGUAAUAAGACCUUCGGAGAGUGUCAAUACGACGUCGAUUGCAUACCGAAUGCAUAUUGCCGGAAUCAGAAGACCUGCUCAUGCAAAGAGAACUAUAUCCCGUUCGUGAAUGGCAACAGCUUUAAAUGUUUAAGAGUGGCCACUGGCAUCGGCGAUCCCUGCGAGGAGGAUAUGCAGUGUCAAUUUACGUUUACACCGCAGUCGGAAUGUCGGGAGGGCACUUGUCAAUGCGCCCACGGCUCCCACUUCGCCGAGGGAAGGUGUUACGAGUCGGUCGGUCUGGGAAAACGCUGUCGGUCGCAUCGCAACUGCUACAUCGAGAAAACUUUCUGCAACUACAAUUUCUGCAGUUGCGGCCUAGGCUACCAUCCAAAUCCCAGCAACACCAGCUGUCUGUUGAGCGUCGCGUUGGGCGAGUAUUGCCACCACGACUUCGAGUGCGUCGUGGAAAAUUCCAAGUGCAUACAAGCACAGAACAAAUGCGACUGUAAGGUGGACUACGUGCUGGCCGAGGAUGGUCAGCAUUGUCUGAAAGCCGCUUCCAGGAUCGGGCAACAGUGCGAGCAGCAGUCCCAGUGCCAGCUGUUGCUAAAGUACAGCCAGUGCGGCGCGAACAACACGUGCGACUGCGUCGUGGGCUCCCACAGACGCGGCUUUCAAUGCUUCGUCGAUGUCGAACUAGGCGGCCGUUGUGAGACUCAUCACCAUUGUAUCACGGGGAGUUACAAGGACUCCAAUUCGUCAGGGAAGUCGAAGGUGGACUGCGCGGACGGUUUCUGCGCUUGUAGCGAGGGCUACACGUUGACGGAGGAGCUGCAGGAUUGCGUUCAGUUCAGCGACAGUGGCGCAACAAAGUGGCAAACGUACGGAAUGCUCCCGAUCACAGCCCUUGUCGUGAGAUUCUUCGUACGUUGAGCUGAGCAACAAUCUCCGAGCAAGAGAGAGGCACGAAAACCGACUAACUCACCGGCCGACUUGUUAAUUUAGUAUACAUUUAAUUAUGUUCGACCAACCGUAAUUUUAAUAAUUUAUCCGUCGUAGAAACACAUGUGUGUAUGUGUCUCUCGUGGUAUUUAUUGAUGCAAUUCUCGCUUGAUGAAUGGCAGACGUAACGUCUUAACUAGCAACUGUAAAGCAGCCAAAGAGAAUCGUCGUUUCUUCCGGGUUGAGGUAGGAGCAGUCCUGUUCGGAUCGAUUGUACGUACACUUGAUCGUGUGAUAUCGCUGUUGACACCGAUACUAGCAUACUAACAUUAUCGACACACAGUUUUACGACAUUGUUUUACAACGUACGCACUCAUUACGAUUAGUCACUGACUAGGAUACACGCGAGCAAAUCUCAUCACUCAAUCUCUGCACAUCGUUGUGUAACAUAAUUCCACUACCGGUUCUCUAUCUGUGAGUAAUAUAUAUAUAUAGAUAUAUACAUUA